AUGAAUGCCCCACGAUCAAGAGUCAUACCCACACACGGGUCAUACCCACACACGGGUCACACCCACACACGGGUCAUACCCCCACACGAGAGUCACACCCACACGAGGGUCACACCCACACGAGAGUCACACCCACACGAGAGUCACACCCACACGAGAGUCACACCCACACGAGAGUCACACCCACACUGGUCACACCCACACGAGAGUCACACCCACACGAGAGUCACACCCACACGAGAGUCACACCCACGAGAGUCACACCCCUGGUCACACCCACACGAGAGUCACACCCACACGAGAGUCACACCCACACUGGUCACACCCACACGAGAGUCACACCCACACGAGAGUCACACCCACACUGGUCACACCCCACACGAGGUCACACCCACACGAGGUCACACCCACACGAGAGUCACACACCCACACACGAGAGUCACACCCACACGGUCACACCCGACACUCACACCCACACGAGUCACACCCACACGAGAGUCACACCCACACUGGUCACACCCACACGUGAGUCACACCCACACGAGAGUCACACCCACACGAGAGUCACACCCACACGAGGGUCACACCCACACUGGUCACACCCACACUGGUCACACCCACACGAGAGUCACACCCACACGAGAGUCACACCCACACGAGAGUCACACCCACACUGGUCACACCCACACGAGAGUCACACCCACACGAGAGUCACACCCACACGAGAGUCACACCCACACGAGUCACACCCACACGAGGGUCACACCCACACGAGAGUCACACCCACACGAGAGUCACACCCACACUGGUCACACCCACACGAGAGUCACACCCACACGAGGGUCACACCCACACGACGGGUCACACCCACACGAGUCACACCCACACGAGGUCACACCCACACGAGGGUCACACCCACACCACACGAGGGUCACACCCACACGAGAGUCACACCCACACUGGUCACACCCACACGAGAGUCACACCCACACACCCACACGAGAGUCACACCACACGAGAGUCACACCCACACGAGAGUCACACCCACACUGGUCACACCCACACGAGGGUCACACCCACACGAGGGUCACACCCACACUGGUCACACCCACACGAGGGUCACACCCACACGAGGUCACACCCACACGAGGUCACACCCACACGGGUCACACCCACACUGGUCACACCCACACUGGUCACACCCACACGAGAGUCAUACCCACACGAGAGUCACACCCACACUGGUCAUACCCACACGAGAGGUGA